CAUUCCAGUUCUUCUUGAAAAACUACUCCCUGUGGAAACAACUGCUUGUCGAUUGUUCUUCACUUUGGGCAUCUCUUUUCAAUCACCAAAUCAAACAUUGUAGAAGACACGAAAAGGAUAAGCAUUUUAAUGCCAUUACCUUCAAUCUCUCCUCCCUUUCCAGUUGCUAUCAUUUUCGCAGCAGUAGCUGCUGCCGCCGGAUACCCAUUAUUUGCUCCAUCAUUGGGCUUCUCCAUAGAAACUUAUGUUUCCAGAUGCUUAUAUGUAGCCACAUCAAUAAACUUAUUUAUGCACUGAAACAACAAGGAGGGACAUUGUAUAUUUGUUUGACCGUGUGAAUGUAGCGGAGUGCAUCUGGGGCUUAUUUGCAGUGUAUUUGACAGCUCAGGAGUUGUACAGUAGCAGAGGCAAGUUGUGAUGUUAAUCCUUGUGAAGGUAGCAGUACCAUAGGAAAAAGAUCAUUUCUCUCUUUUGGACAUGCAAUGAGUUCAAAAAAUUCAGGGAAUUAAGGAAAGAUGGCACAAUUUCUGCUACAUGGUACUAUUCAUGUUACUUUAUUCGAGGUUGAUAGGCUUCAUUCUAAUUUUGGAAGAGACUUUUUCAAUAAGGUGGUGCAAGGCGUUGAGGGAGCUAUUGGAUUCAAGAAGACAGCGUCAAGAUUGUAUGCAACGAUUGAUCUUGGAAAAGCCAGAGUUGGCAGAACCAGAUUGCUGGAUGAACACAAAAAUCCACGGUGGUACGAGUCAUUCCACAUUUACUGUGCCCAUAUGGCUGCCAAUGUCAUAUUCACCGUCAAAUUUGAUAAUCCAAUUGGAGCAGAAGUCAUUGGAAGAGCCUACUUUCCAGUUCAACCACUGCUAGAUGGAGAAGAAGUUGAUGAAUGGCUUGAAAUCCUCAAUACAGAACGAAAACCUGUGCAUGGACACUCUAAAAUCCAUGUGAAGUUGCAGUAUUUUGAUGUCACAAGGGAAUAUAAUUGGAAUAGAGGGAUAAAAGUCACUAGAUUUCCUGGAGUUCCUUACACAUUCUUUAGUCAAAGACAAGGAUGCAGGGUCACCCUUUACCAAGAUUCUCAUGUUCCUGAUAACUUUAUUCCUAAAAUUCCUCUUGACGGUGGCAAGUUUUAUGAGCCACAACGAUGUUGGGAAGACAUUUUCGAUGCCAUCACUAAUGCAAGGCAUUUGAUUUAUAUAACUGGAUGGUCUAUUUAUACCGAGAUCACUUUAAUAAGGGACAGGAGGAGGCCUAAGCCUGGUGGAGACAUAUCGCUCGGAGAGUUGCUUAAGAAAAAAGCUAAUGAAGGUGUGAGAGUUCUAAUGUUGGUCUGGGAUGACAGGACAUCGAUUCCUGUGUUGACACAAGAUGGGCUAAUGGCUACUCAUGAUCAAGAAACUGCUAAUUAUUUUCGAGACACUCAAGUAAAAUGUGUGUUGUGUCCUCGAAAUCCUGAUGAUGGACGGAGCAUUAUUCAAAAUAUAGAGAUUGGGACAAUGUUUACUCAUCAUCAAAAGAUUGUAAUUGUUGAUGGAGAAUUGCCUAAUGGAGGCAUACAGAGGAGGAGAAUUGUGAGUUACAUUGGUGGGAUUGAUCUUUGUGAUGGAAGAUAUGACACACAAUUUCACCCCCUUUUCAGGACUUUGAACACAGCACAUCAUGAUGAUUUUCACCAACCAAAUUUCACGGGUACCUCAAUUCAAAAAGGCGGACCAAGAGAGCCUUGGCACGAUAUCCAUUGCCGAAUAGAAGGGCCAGCUGCUUGGGAUGUGCUCUUCAAUUUUGAACAGAGAUGGAGGAAGCAAGGUGGAAAGGACUUGCUUAUAGACCUAAGGGAUAUUGAUAAUAUAAUCAUACCACCUUCACCUGUUAUGUAUCCUGAUGAUCAUGAUACAUGGAAUGUUCAAGUUUUUCGAUCAAUUGAUGGGGGAGCAGCUUUUGGCUUCCCCAAUGCUCCAGAGGCGGCAGCCAAGUCAGGUCUUAUAAGUGGUAAGGAAAACAUCAUUGAUCGAAGCAUACAGGAUGCAUAUAUUAAUGCCAUUCGUCGAGCAAAGCAUUUCAUUUACAUCGAAAACCAGUACUUUUUAGGCAGCUGCUUUUCAUGGUACUCCGAUGAUAUCAAGGAUGAAGCCAUUAAUUCUCUACAGUUGAUCCCAAAGGAGCUGUCUUUGAAGAUAGUAAGUAAAAUUGAAGCAGAGGAAAGGUUUACGGUUUAUAUUGUGGUUCCAAUGUGGCCAGAAGGCCUUCCUGAGAGUGCAUCUGUACAAGCAAUACUGGAUUGGCAAAGGAGGACCAUGCAAAUGAUGUAUACCGAUAUAAUCCAAGCUCUAAAAGUAAAGAGAAUUGUGGCAAAUCCUAAGGAAUAUUUGAGUUUCUUUUGCCUUGGCAAUAGGGAAACAAAGAAAAGAGGAGAAUAUGAGCCUUCUGAAACACCAGAACCUAAUUCAGACUAUCGAAAAGCUCAAGAAGCCAGACGUUUCAUGAUAUAUGUACAUUCCAAAAUGAUGAUAGUGGAUGAUGAAUACAUUAUCAUUGGAUCAGCUAACAUCAAUCAAAGGUCAAUGGAUGGUGCAAGAGACUCAGAAAUAGCAAUGGGGGCCUACCAACCAUUUCAUCUGUGUGUGAAGGAUCCAGCUAGGGGUCAGGUUCACGGCUUACGAAUGGCACUGUGGUACGAGCACUUAGGCAUGUUAGACAACAGUUUCCUUCAACCAGAGAGCAUAGAAUGCAUCCGAAAGGUGAACAAAAUUGGUGACAAAUAUUGGGAUAUGUAUUCAAGUGAGAGCCUCAUUCAUGAUUUGCCUGGCCACCUUCUUACUUAUCCUAUUGGUGUUACUGAAAAUGGAGAGGUCACUGAACUACCUGGGACACAAUGCUUUCCUGACACCAAAGCACCUGUUCUUGGUACCAAAUCUAAUUUUCUUCCUCCCAUUCUCACAACCUAAAUCUCCAACGUUUAAUUUGUUCCACUCAUUCUCUAGACAUAUAAUAUGAUUAUGGUGUAUAUGUUAACAAGGUGUCUUAUUAAGGAAAGGUUUAUAUCACCAUAGGGUAUUCACUGCCAAAAAUCAAUUAUUUUUUCAUUGAAAUUUUUCAUUGAAAAAUGUUCAGUGGCCAUUUCCACAAAUACUUUGAUUGAAUCAGUGAGAAAAUAAAAAAUGUUCAGUGGUGAUUCCCACUAUAUUUCAAUGAGAAUUUAUUUUCCUC